AUGAGAGUGUGGGUCGGAUACAUAGAACACAACUCCAUAUCGACCUCCCAAGCCAUGAAGCCAUUUGAUAAUGCGCGAAGCAUCCAAUGGCUCGACUUUGAUCUCAUCUGCCAGCUAUGCUUCGAGCAUGGGCUUGGCUUUAUCUCGAACCACAGCGACCGCUACGACUUUCAAAAAACCCUCGAUGAGAGACUUUCAAUAGUGGAACAGAUUGGGGUUCUGGCAGAAUUUGGUAGCAUUCUCAGAUUCAUCUCCAGAGUUACUUUCCUCAAUCAAGUGUUACCAUCAGCGAAAGACAAAUCUGGCGUUGGAAAGAUUCUGGGGACUAAUGCUUGUUACAUGCCCCGCAAAGACUUACUAGCAGCCUGGCUAGAUCGAGGAAUGGAAUCCGACACAACUGCCACAGCUAUCAGAGGCGUCCUUCUUUACAUCAUCACAUCACCACCAGUGUACACACGUCUAAUCUCAGAAAAAAAUCAAUCUCAAUCGGAACUUGCAUCAUAUGCAACAUCCAGGUACCUUCCAUAUCUUCAUGCUUGCAUUGAAGAAGGCUUAAGACUCUUCCCACCAGUCGCCGCACUUCAUCAGCGUGGCGACAUUCUUGGAGGAAACCAUGUUCCAGGCGGAGUUGUUAUCAGAGUGAAUAUAAGGGGGCUAUUCAGACACGAAGCAUUCUUUGGGACUGACGCAGAUAUAUUUAGACCGGAGCGGUGUUUAGAGACCACACAACCACAGCUUCGACAAAUGAAAUGA